GCGAUAAGCAGAGAGAAGCAGUUUCCCGUUGAAGGGUUUGAAAGUUAGACGCAAUACAGGCAUUAUCAUACUGAAUAUCUCAAUGAAACAAAAAUCUUCGUAGCAUUGGAAAUUCAUGUGGAGAAAUCAAGUGCGAAAUUACAGGAUAACCCCCCCCCUUAUUUGUGUUUUGUUGUGAUCAAUCAAUCGCAAAAUUCGUUCGGUGCAGUUCAGACCAAUUUGUUGGCGCUUUAGACCCACUAAAAACACAAUUCCUUUCGAUUUUUGAAUUGGUUUAAAGGCAAAUUUAUUCAUCUUGAUGAAAGCUGACUACCAUGUUGAUCUAUGGUGGUCGUUUUUUCCUGAGUGGUCAUUUUUGAAAACUCCUAACCGGAAAACAUAACCCGAGGUCACUGAUCUGCAACUGGUCAGUUAAUCGACGGACUUCUUGCGAUGUGGACUGCGAACGAAAGCCAAAAUUUUGUGUCCCCUAAAACGUUCAUCUAAUUCCAAAUAAGAAAUUCAUACUAACUCAAAGUCUGGUUGAAUAGAUGAACUAGGUCAAAUUUGCUUUGGUGCUUUGGGUUUCAAAGCUUUCUGGCGAUGCUGAUCUUGAAAGUUUAUUUGAUCCCAUCACAAGUAUUCAUCAUCUGCCAUUACUCAUUCGUCACCAUGAAACUGAAGAUCAGUGGUAUUUUCGUCAUACUUAUGGUUACUCCAAUACAAGUGUCUUCUAUGGCCGUUGAAUUCGAUCCCAAUACAGACCGUUAUGAUUUAGAUGAUUCUUUUUUGUCUUCAAUCCGCUGUCACGCCUACAAUACAAAAACGUUGAAUGGAACCUUCACUUGGCAUUGCGAUCAAAGGGAGGUAUCAACAGGCGUUCCAACUGAGCUUCGUGACGGGACGCAGCAAAGCACUUUGAGGAUGGAUGAAGUCUUAAAAGUAUGCGACCAAUGUUUCGAGAAGCUGCAUUGCAAAUUUGUGAAAGCCGGUGGAGAAGACACGGAAAGUGACAGCUUAACGUUGUUGCAAAGGCCAAACAAAAAUGAAUUUAUGGCUAAAGUGGAACUGAGGGGAACGCUUUUGAAUGUUGACGUGGGUUUUAAAACCAAGUAUAUACUCUCUGAGAAGUGCAAUACUGAGAUUAGACGAGAAAAUGGGAGUACCGUCAAUCACACCGUGAAGAAUGAGCAAUGUACUAAGACGUUAAACUUUGAAUUAGACGAGAAUGAGUGGAGAACAAAUUUGCAAGUUGAAAUUGUGUGCCCAAUUUGGACAGUGACCAUGCGUUGACGCUUUCAUCUACUACUUGGACGAUUUUGGUAACUGUCAUUGCUGUUAUAGCAGUCGUAAUUGUAAGUUUGAUAGGAUGGCGCCUGAUCAAACUUAGACAAAGUCACCAAAAUGUUCCUUCCAAUCAACCCGAGGAGGAAUCACUAAAAGGAUAUAGAGAUGUGGAAAAGCGCAGUAAAGAUGAAUGAGCCUGGAGUAGAAUUGAGUAAUGUAGCGAGAUGCUAAUUCGAGCUACUGCGUUAGCUCCAAUCCCGUAUAAAUACCGUUGUAUGUGAAAUACAAAACCAGUACGAUGUGAACAA